GGGUUGUUCCGGAAGUUACUAUAAGCUUGAGGCCUACCCAUGUGGGCUGCACUGCAUUAACGCUAAUAUUUGAACCGAGACUGAGGCUGAACUUAAGCAUGGCUGAAAAUGAUGUUGAGAAUGAGCUGCUCGACUACGAGGAGGAGGAAGAGCCACAGGCAGCCCCGGAGAGCGUAGUCCCCGCAGGGAAGAAGGAGGUGAAGGGCUCCUACGUCUCCAUCCACAGCUCUGGCUUCAGAGACUUUCUGCUCAAACCGGAGCUACUCCGUGCCAUUGUGGACUGUGGCUUUGAGCAUCCGUCAGAGGUCCAGCACGAGUGCAUUCCACAGGCCAUACUGGGUAUGGACAUCCUCUGCCAGGCCAAGUCCGGUAUGGGGAAGACGGCAGUGUUUGUUCUGGCUACCCUACAGCAGAUUGAGCCGGUGGAUGGACAGGUUUCCGUGCUGGUGAUGUGCCACACACGUGAGCUGGCCUUCCAGAUCAGCAAGGAGUACGAGCGCUUCUCCAAGUACAUGCCCACGGUGAAGGCUGCCGUCUUCUUCGGUGGCAUGUCCAUCAAGAAGGACGAGGAGGUCCUGAAGAAGAACUGCCCCCACAUCGUGGUGGGCACGCCCGGCCGCAUCCUGGCCCUCAGCCGCAACAAGACCCUCAACCUGAAGAACGUCAAGCACUUCGUCCUGGACGAGUGCGACAAGAUGCUGGAGCAGCUGGAUAUGAGGCGUGACGUACAGGACAUCUUCCGGCUGACGCCCCACGAGAAGCAGUGCAUGAUGUUCAGCGCCACGCUCAGCAAGGAGAUCAGACCCGUCUGCCGCAAGUUCAUGCAGGACCCCAUGGAGGUGUUCGUGGACGACGAGACCAAGCUGACCCUCCACGGGCUGCAGCAGUACUACUGCAAACUGAAGGACAGCGAGAAGAACCGCAAGCUCUUCGACCUGCUCGACGUCCUGGAGUUCAACCAGGUGGUGAUCUUUGUGAAGUCGGUGCAGCGCUGUGUGGCACUCUCCCAGCUGCUAGUGGAGCAGAACUUCCCUGCCAUCGCCAUCCACAGGGGCAUGGCCCAGGAGGAGAGGCUCUCUCGGUACCAGCAGUUCAAAGACUUCCAGCGGCGGAUCCUUGUGGCUACCAACUUGUUUGGUCGAGGGAUGGACAUCGAGAGGGUCAACAUCGUCUUCAACUACGACAUGCCCGAGGACUCCGACACUUACCUUCACAGGGUUGCUCGUGCCGGCAGGUUCGGGACGAAGGGCCUGGCCGUGACCUUCGUGUCAGACGAGACCGACGCCAAGACCCUGAACGACGUGCAGGAUCGCUUCGAGGUCAACGUGGCUGAGCUGCCAGAAGAGAUCGACAUCUCCACUUACAUUGAACAGUCCAGAUGAGUCCUCCAUCCCUGUGAAGAUUACCCCCUCCCCCUGCUCUGCCUGCCCCCCUCCCUGAUAUGCUUUCUGGGGGGAACAGAGCUUGAAUGUUUUUAUUUUAAAGUGCCCCCCACCCACACACACCCAUACCCAGUUCCCAAGUGAAACUUUUAUUUUAUUGUAUCUGGUGGGGUGUCCAGUUUUAAUUUUGUCUUGUUAAUUGUGGUUUUGUUUUUGGAUAAUGAAAUUAAAACUUUUUAUACAAUGUCAGUUUACUGUAUUGUAUUUGUUGCCUAGCUGAUGUUGGAACGGCAGAGAUUCUACCUGCGUGUGCCCGGAAAUCAGGGGCUCAUUUUACAUUAAAAUAUUUCCGUACUA